GGAGUGAAGAAUGUUUUUGUGAAUGGCACAACAGGAGAAGGCCUGUCCCUGAGUGUCUCGGAACGUCGCCAGGUCGCAGAGGAGUGGGUGAUGCAAGGGAAGAACAAGUUAGAUCAGGUGGUGAUUCAUGUAGGAGCACUGAGCUUGAAGGAGUCACUGGGACUGGCCCAACAUGCAGCACAAAUAGGAGCUGAUGGCAUUGCUGUCAUUGCACCUUUCUUUUUCAAGCCAUGGAACAAAGAUAUCCUGAUUGAUUUCCUAAAGGAAGUGGCAGCUGCUGUCCAUGAAUUGCCAUUUUAUUAUUAUCACAUUCCUUCCUUGACAGGGGUAAAGAGUAAGUACUGAUUCUUUUCAUAUUUCUUUCCUUCCAGCUUUCACAUC